AGAGUUUUGACUAUGACAGAUGUGACAGCUAACUUGACUGUUAUUUUUUCAUAUUUGUUGUUAUCUGUUUCCAGAUAAUGACUAAUGUAUCAUGAAAAAUAAUAAGUAGUUAACUUAAACUUUAACAAGAUGAUGUUCCCAAUUAAUCAUAAGACAAUAUUUGUAUUAGAUCAUACCCCUUACUUUGGCAUAUCAUCGGAAUUUCCAAUAGAAUUCGAUGUUCCCAAGAACCGAGGAUAUCUUCCUGUGCCACCGAUCUGCAAGUCCUUAUGGACAUGCAGUGUGGAGGCUGCUGUUGAAUAUUGCCGUGUAGUAUGGGACUUAUUUCCUGAGGGCAAAUUGGUGCGGUUAAUCGUAAGUGAUACAACUGCACAUAUGCUGAACACAUGGGUUGCGGCACAACAAAAUUUAACUCAUCUUCUAAAUGGAUUAUGUUUGGUGGGGCCGGUCCGAAGAGGAGCCGGUGGUGAUGUAGAAGGCUUAGUUGCUGCUAUUGAAGCUCUUGCUGAACCCUCCCCAGCCCAAGUGUCCAGACCACCAGAUAGAAUUUUCCAAAACCGAGGCAGAGUUAUCUGUAUAACAAGUGCCAGGGACAAUGAUUCCAUAAAGAACUUAAAAGACAUUGCUCAUAAUACUAUUGUCCAGUUGAACAAAAAGGCUUCUAUGGCCCAGCCAGCCAGUACCUCAGAAUCUACUAGCACUACACCACAAACAUUAGUGAUCCAUUACUGCCAUAUCUUAAUCAUAAAUGUGACACCAGAGAAUGCAGAAACUAGAGUUACUAAUCAGCCUCUUACAGAGAUAGCGGGUGGUCAAAUAGGCGUAGAGGUAAUAGUGUCAAGAGCAAGUGCUUUAGCUAAUCUGUUAGCGCGGCUCGUGUUACCGCACUAUAAACUGGCAACAACUACUGUCACUGGUAUUCCUAUGAAGGAAGAACAAAAUGCUAGUUCGAGUGCAAAUUACGACGUUGAAAUAGUACACUCGGAAGACGCACACACCGGACUUCGAGCGUCUCAGACGGCGGCAGAAGCGGCCGAAUCAGUGGUGCUCCGCUGGUGGACGCCGCGCGGCGCGGAGGGCGGCGCGGCGGGCUGCUGCGGCGCGCUGUGGCGCGUGACGCCGGCCGACGUGGCCUCGCGCCCCUCCGCCUGCCUCGUCAACUUCCUGCUCAACGGACGCUCCGUCACGCUCGAGGUGCCAAGGAAGGGCGGCGGUCGCUCUGCCUCCCACGUGUUGGCGGCGCAGGGCGGCGAGCUGUGGAUCGGCGCGCUGGGCGCCCGCACGCCGUACGACGACCCGCCCGCGCUCUCCGAGGGCGCCGGGGGACGGGUCACGGACUACAGGAUAAAAGAGUUUGGCGCUCUGAUGCAGCAGAACAGACUGCACCCGAUGCGUGGCUCGGGCGCUAACGCUCGGUCGCGGGCGCGGCUACAGCGGCACACGACCUACUGGCCGCUCACUAUAUCUUCUACCCUCAUAUUUAAUUUAGGAUCAGUAUUAGAGCCACUUACCAGGUUAGUGGUACAAGAGACGCUGACGGAUGAGGAGGUCGACACAUGUCGUAACGUUCUCCUGUCUCUACUCGCCAUGGAGUCCCGACACGAGUUCCCCACAGCACAACUGCCUUCUAAUAUGAGAGGCAAGUCGUCCGGGCGGCGCGAGGAGCAGUGGCGGCAGGUGUGGGGCGAGCUGGAGGCGCUGGUGCGCGCGCACGCGGCCGCGCCGCAGCACCGCGCGCUGCUGCGCGUGCUGCUCGACUGUCGCGCGCAUAACAACCACUCCUCCGACGUGAUCCGCGCGACGACGGACUCGCCGCUGUCGCCGGUGGGCGCGGGGUCGGGCGCGGGCGAGGUGUGGGCGCCGCGCAACGUGCUGGACGCGCUGCUGGCCGCGCCGCGCCCGCCGCGCCGCCCCGACUUCGCGGGCCGCCUCGCCGCCGGCAACAGGCUCGCCACGCUCUACCCGCAGCUGCAGCAGGAUGUCGAGACCUCACACUGAGCUGACAACUAUUCCUUAACUAGUACUUACCCUCGAGAUGUAUAACGCCUUUCAAAAUCAGUACAGCAAAUCUAGUAAAAAUUAAAAUUGAUAACCCUCACUCAAUACUAUGGUUAUUAAUUAUAAAUGCUUCUCACAGGCCUUCUUUUUUCUGUCUUCUUACGUUAAAUGUCUUUACGAUUCGGUAUAAUUUUAAAGCAAGUUGGCAGUAAAGAAUAAAUCGCAAGUAAUUUUUUCAGAAAAUCCUCUUAACUUGUAGUAUAAAUCAGUUGCAAAUCAUACGGUUGCAAUAACAUGUUGGCAAGCUAAAAUGAGUGCGGAGUCAUUUUGCACAACACAGGAUGUGGUCAUGAAUCAUAGUUUAGAUAACCACAUUGACCACAUUUUACUAUCAAAAUAAUGGCAUUUUGAAAUUCGUGUGUGAUUGAUAUAUUUUGUAACCAGUAAAUAUGGUGCAAAUAAUGUGGAAACUAAUAGAGCAUAGCAAAAAAAGUAAACAAAUUCAGAAGCUCGAAAGAACAGACGUUGCAAAGUGUGCUCUCGCGUUAAAAGGAAUGGAAUAUACGUAAGGAGUUAAGCCAUCAUGUAUGUCAAUGUUCCACAUUGUACAAAGUAUUUUUGUAUUAUAUGUUUAAGAAAACUGAUAAGUGCGAAUAAAUUUAUGAAUAAGG